GGUCUGAUACUAUUCAGCAAUAACCAAACCCUAUCACAAAGAUAUAAUCAGCCAUAUUUUCUCUCCUGCCGAUCAUCAAUCUUGAGUUUGAUUUUUGGUAAAUCUGUCCUGCCUUAACGUGAUCUUGUUCGGUAAAGGAUCUGAAUCUGGUAGGAGGAUUUCUCGAUUAUCGAAUUCGAACGAUAAUGAGCUUGAGAGGGGGACGGGAUAGACAGCGGAGGGACCUCCCAUUAAGAUCAGAAGAGAAAAGUCAUCAUGGCCGGAGCACUGCACCCCCUUCAAGACAUCUUUGGGUUGGAAAUCUAUCUCAUACCUUAACUGAGCGUGCAUUGAGCAAUCAUUUUAGACAGUUUGGGGAGCUUGAGAGUGUAGCAUUUCAACCUGGCCGUAGCUACGCCUUCAUCAAUUUCAUUGACGACAGGGCAGCCUUUGCAGCACUUGGAGCACUUCAAGGUUUCAUUCUUGCGGGCAAUGCACUUAGAAUUGAGUUUACAAAGGCGGAGAAGUCAUCAACAUCGUCACAUGAUGAAGACUACUUGCAACGGCGGGACGAAACUCGUUCUACAGUAAGAGGAUCUCCAUUCCCUCAAAGGGACUCUAGAUCCCGACACAUCAGUUCUGACCCAAUUUAUCGCAAUGAAAGCCCCAAGGAAAACAGUAAGAAUGCAGAACCGAGUGAGGUUUUAUGGGUCGGGUUCCCACAGUCAUUGAAGGUUAAUGAAGACAGUUUCUGGAAUGCUUUCUCCCCAUUUGGUGAGAUUGAAAAGAUCUCUGCAUUUUCAGGUCGAACUUACGCCUUCGUCAGAUACAAACAUCUUAGUUCUGCCUGCAGGGCAAAAGAAGCCUUACAGGGGAAAUUGUUUGGCGACCCCAGGGUACAUAUCUGUUUUGCAAGGAGUGAAUCUGGGACGUCAAAUAGUGGAAGGAACUUGAUGAAUGAUCCUCCCUCCCCCCGAAACCGCCUAUAUGGCCGCCAGGGUUCAUCUGAGAACUUUCGACAUGAUAGAUACCAUGAGACUUCCUCAAUGGAGCGCAGCAGAAGAUCCCCUCGAUUUGGAUCCAACUUGGAGUCCGAGGGUUUUAAUGAUGCCUCCAUGGGUUUUGACAGGAAAGGUAACAGACUGACCAAUAGGAAUGAUCCGUUUGAACAUCAGACCGCUGAUAUAGGAUUACCAGGAAAUAUGUAUGGACGUCGCAGUCCUUCAAGGGAUAGAGGGGGAAAUUUUCAUGAUUUCCCUUCGAAGAAUUUUUCUCAUCAAGGUCCGUUAUACGAUGAUGAAUGGGAUUUGCCAGAAGAUGCUUUGGUUUAUCAUGGUGCGAAGAAACUGAAGAGCUCAAUUCCUCCUGAACCUGAGCUUCCAGAGUAUCCUUUCUCUGAUUCCGAACAAGUGAAACACGUUCAUCCAAGACUUCCGGAGUUUUCCCAGCGUGAUAUGCUUGAUAACAACGUUGGACAUUUUGGGUACCAUAAGCAGAUCCCUGAUCCACCUGUGAACAUUCCUCAGCAUUAUGGUGAGAGGGUCAAUUCUCACAAUCCAUCUUAUGAUACUUUCCAGACUGGUUCAGUUUCAUUGCCUCAAAAACCCGUUGAAUGGAAAAGAUCAACUCCUGAACCGCAGCACCCUCCUGCAAGUGCUGAAUGGAAAUGGGAAGGGAUUAUUGCAAAGGGAGGGACAUCAAUCUGUCGUGCUCGUUGCUUUCCUGUUGGGAAAGUACUUGACAUGAUACUGCCUGAAUUUUUGGAUUGCACUGCCAGGACUAGUUUAGAUAUGCUAGCAAAACAUUACUAUCAAGCAGCUAGUUCAUGGGUUGUAUUCUUUGUUCCCGAGAGUGAUGCUGAUAUGGGGUUUUACAAUGAAUUCAUGAACUAUUUGGGAGAGAAGCAGCGUGCUGCCGUUGCUAAACUGGAUGACAAAACCACUUUGUUUCUCGUACCUCCAUCAGAUUUCUCGGAGAAAAUACUGAAGGUGCCCGGAAAACUGAGUAUUUCUGGCGUCAUUUUGAGGCUAGAACAACCGUCAUCCACCGUGGAGGCUCUUCCACCUCCACCUCAAUCCGAAAGACCAGAUCCAUAUCUCAUGACUUCUCAUGCAGAAGCUUCUAGAACUUCAUUUUCAUCACCUUCCGGACCAUAUCCACCCGCCCAACCUUUCCAACAUCUUGGAAAACCUAGGGCUAAUACAUCUUUACCGGGGUUACCACCAGGUCCGAUACCUUUUCAUGUGAACAGAAACAUGGCUGACCCCAUUAUUGAAAACCCACAGGAACAUAUGCUCCACCAGCAAGGAACCCAUCCUCAGAAUCUCCAGAAUCUAAUCUCAGGUGGUAGAAACUUGGCGGCACCACCAAGAGCUGGCGGUGAUUACAUGAUUCCCGCCAAUGAUUCAGUCAUGCCCAGAACCACUCAAGAAACAAGUUCGAGUAAUUACAGACCCGGAAGUCCAACCAUGCCACAAUAUGGUCAUCAAGAAGUAAAAUCUGCAGCUUCUUCGUUUAUGCCUGCAGGUGCCAUUCAACACGAUCAACUUGCACAGUUGGCUUCUUUUCUUGGGAACUCGAGGCAAUCAGGAAGUGGGAUUUCAACCGCAGACGACUUUAGGCAAUCAAGCAACACAAUGAUUCCGGAUAAUGCUUCCUAUAGAAUGCCGCGAACGCUUCCUUCGCCCAGUACACAGAUCGCUUCUGAGCAUUCGUCAUCUCAAUACCGUCAAGUGCAACAAUUUCAGCAGCAACAAAUGUCAAACAUGCCACAGAUGCCUCAAGGGGAUUUCUCGACUAGCAGUCAAGGAAACGCGCAGGUAGAAGCCGAUGCAGAUCCGCAAAAACGAUUACAGGCAACAUUAGAGUUGGCUGCAACUCUUCUCAAGCAAAUCCAACAAGGGAAAACUUAAAAAUAAAUGUCCAACAAGAUACGUGAAUCCUUCUGAUUGUUUGAUGUGAAUCAGGUAUGUUAAAUUGGAUUAUAGCAUGUUUAAUGGCUUAUUAAGAUGAUCAUAAAGUAUUUUGAGCCAUAAUAUUUCUCAUUAGCUUGAACUCAGGUUCUAAUGGAUGUAGUCCUCCGUUAUAUCGACAAUGGCUUUUAUAAUUAUAGAUUAGAGUUGUUUAACA